AGAAAUAAAAGGGAAAAAGAAAAGGAGGAAACAACACAGCUAGAAUACAUAACGUAUUUAUUUAGAGUAAUUUUCCAAGAAAUAAGAUCAUUUAUGGGACCAUUGUUGAAUUGCUACCCGCCAAAGGAAGCCCUUCUCUAGUUCUACAUCCUUAUAAAGCCACCGCACAUUGCUGCGUAGUCUCUGAGUUUUAGCAGCUAACGCUAGCUGAUACUUUCUGUAGCUGUCAGCUGGUAAAAUUGGGAACGAAACGACAACAUGACUCGACAUGGGAAGAACUGCACAGCCGGAGCUGUUUAUACUUACCAUGAGAAGAGGAAGGACACAGCGGCGUCUGGUUAUGGAACCCAGAGCGUCCGUCUGGGAAAAGAUGCUAUCAAAGACUUUGACUGCUGCUGCCUGUCCCUGCAGCCCUGCCAGGACCCUGUGGUGACCCCAGAUGGAUAUUUGUAUGAAAAGCAGGCCAUUCUUGAAUACAUUCUGCACCAGAAGACAGAAAUAGCCAAAAAGAUGAAGGCGUAUGAGAAGCAGAAGCAAGCUCUGAAGAGCACCAACCAGCUGGAGUCCAAGUCUGAGGAACGGCAGAGGGUGGAGAGGUUUAAGACCAGCGAGAACAGCAUCGUGUCCAAACCCAUCAACCCGUUCACAUCCGGGCAGAAGAAGGAGAGUGAAGCGAGCAGCUCAGGAGAGGCGUCCACUGCGAGUCCGGCCCCCUCCUCCAGCCAGAGCCUGCCCAGCUUCUGGAUCCCCUGUCUGACCCCAGAGUCCAAGCCCACCCUUCUGAAGAAACCCAGUAAAGCUGUGCUGUGUCCCAUGUCUGGGCGACCCAUAAAGAUGAACGACCUGAUCCCAGUGAACUUCACCCCACUGGACUCAAGCCUGGACAGGGUGGCCUUGCUCAACCGCCAGGAGAGGUACGUGUGUGCAGUGACCAGAGACGCUCUGGGUAACAGUGUCCCCUGCGUCGUCCUGAGACCCUCAGGGACUGUAGUGACUCAGGAGUGUGUGGAGAAGUUGAUAAAGAAGGACAUGACUGACCCCGUGUCUGGAGCCAAACUAACAGAGAGAGACAUCGUCCCACUGCAGAGGGGUGGAACCGGCUUCGCAGGCUCUGGAGUUGACCUGAGAGCCAAAGAGGCCCGUCCAGUGAUGCAGGCAUGAGGAUGUGAGGAUGAGGACGCAUUAGCAGCUCAAUGAGGUGUCAAAGCCUGAUGCAUCUGUGGAAGAUUUCUGCAGCUCGUUGCAACCUGUAAGCGUACAGUUCCUGGGUGUUGUGUUUUUUGUUUUUUUUUCUUUGAGUGGAUGCAGUGACCUUUCUGAAUGAAAUGGUAAAUAAAAAAUUUUUUUAAGCCAAGCA